GGCAUUCUUCUUUAUUUCAUUUUACAUCUUUCAGCAAUGGCUUCUCCGAUGGUUCUCCGUCGAAUGACGGCCGCGGGCGAUGAGAACGUUGCCGGCACCGGAAACGGUUCACCCUGCAGCCCAAAUCGCAAGCGCAAGUCGAGCGAAAUCUCGUCCGAGUGCCCAACCCCGCUCGCAGAGGCAACCUCCAAGGAGCCCAUGACACCGCGCCAAAUUGCCACGCCGAAGAGCAAGAGCCGCCUGAGGCAAUUGUUUGGCUUUUCGCCGAGCAGCAAGAAGAAGGACAGCUCGUCCACCCCCGAGGCGCCUGGCACGCCGAGCACGCCGAUGGCACCCGUCACGUCCACCCCUGUCAAGCGGACCGCCAUGCUCGUGUCGCCCAGCCCGAGCAAAGGACCCACGUCCUACAAGGAGUACCAAAAGUACGAGAGCCUCCGUCGCAACACUCCUGGUCGCAGCAGCAUGCGCAAGGAGGCCUCCGUGCACAAGUCAGACCUCUGGAGCUCCACCGUGGACCCGGCAUUCUAUGCGACAGUGCCUCGCCAGGAAGCCAAGCGUCAGGAGGUCAUCCACGAGAUCAUCCAAUCGGAAGAAGGCUAUGUCGCCGACCUGACCCUCUUGGUGAACGUCUUCAAGAAGCCCAUGGAGAAGCUCAACAUGGUUUCAGCGGCAGAGUUGCAGAUCAUCUUUGGCAACAUUGAACAGCUGGUCUCCCCGCACACCGAAAUGUGCAAGCUUCUCGUUGCUGCCCGUAAGGAAAACAACCUCGUCCACGAGAUUGGCGACAUUUUCCUCCAAUGGUUCCCGCGCUUCCGUUCCAUCUACGGCACUUACUGCGGUGAGCGCUCGGUUGCCAAGGACGAAGUCGACCGCAUCAGCAAGACGAACGGCAACGUUGCCGAUCUCUUGCGUCGGUGCAUCGACCUCGCCCAGUGCCGCAAGCUGGACAUGUGGAGCUUCUUGGAUGAGCCUCGUCGCCGCCUCCAAAAGUACCCGCUGCUGCUGAGCGCGGUGCUCAAGCAUACGCCGCCAGAGCACCCCGAUCACAGCAAGAUUGUCGCUGCCAUCGCCCAAACGGAAGAAGUCAUCCGAGACGUGGACUCUCAGACUGGCAUGGCCAAGCUGACCCAACUGAACUCGGCUUUGCUGUUUGCCUCCAAGGAACAAGAGAUUGAUCUCGUCAAUGACUCGUACAUGCUCGUUCUUGAAGGUGGCAUGCGUGCUCGCGACGGUCACGAUCUGCAUGCCUUCUUGUUUGAUCGCAUGCUCAUGUUCACCCGUCUGGUCACGAAGGGCGGCGUGCGUCGUUAUGCUGUUCGCGAUGUUGUUCCCCUUGUCGAUCUGGAGGUGGAAGCCGUCGAGAACGACACGGGUCGCUUUGGCAAAUCCCUGAGUAUCCGCUCCAUUUCCGACCUGGGUGGCGAUGGUGGCAUCAAUGAAAACGUGCUUCGAUUCCACUUCACCGAAGGACCAAACAAGAAGCAGGUGCACCGAACUGUGCAAGUGCCAAACCGCCACGAGUUGCACGCGUGGAUUACCACGACUCGUCAGCUGUCUGACACGGUCAAGCAGGAGCACGGCGCCAUUGCAUCGCUGCACGACUUGGACGCGUUCGACGGCGACGACAUUAGCAUGGACGGCGGUGACUACAUGAACGGGCACUCGCGCAGCCGCAUGCGUAUGGACCCUGACAAUGACGAUAGCAUCAGCAUUUCCAGCACCAUGAGCAUGGCAAUGGGCUUUGGAUCGAGCAAGGGUCGAAGCGCCAGUGUUAGCCGCAACACGUCCAGCGCGUCGCUGUACAGCAAUGCCCGCGAGUCUGUUCGUAAUAAGACCGCCAAGGCCGCAGCUACGCCCAGCACACCUACCGCGAACGGUCGUCGCGAGAAGCCCUCCUUCCUCAAGAGCCGCUCUUCGACUGUGCCCACGAUUGCAGCACCAAAGUUUGAUGUCGAUCCUAGCCACGGCAUUCCGCUCCCGGCCGACGACGACGACGAUGAGCCAUCGACUCUUUCGAGCGCUGUCAGCAUGACUAGCAUCAAUACGGCCUCCGAAAUGGACCCCACGCUUGAUCAAAGCGUGAUCAGCUUGGGCGGAGCCGAGUUUGAUGGCAACUCGUCCAUGAUUGAGUCUGUCAGCAGCCCAAGCAUGGUCAUGUACAUGUCUCCGACUGCCCGUUCAAGGAUUUUGUCUUCGGCCGACGACGAAGAUGACGUGUAGAGCCGUUUUGCUUUUGUUGUUUGUUGUUUUUUUUUUUGUUUGUUUGUUUUUUUUUUUUUUUGCUUUUGUUUUCUUUCUUUCUGUUUUGGUGGACUUUGAU